CGUCCGGAGUGUUGGUUCCGCUGACUGCGUCUGUUGUUAUUUCCGGGGUCUUUGAAUGGAAGGUUCGUGGCUCGAUGGAUCGGCACGGUUCGUCCUGACAGCGCUGUUCAUCGUGGUAUCGUGUACGUUCGGACGCCGGUCACGGUGCAGUGCCGAGGGAGUGUUCCCGGAGCCGGAUCCCUCCGAUUGCGAUCUGCUCGGUUGCGGUGGCCCGUACGAGUGUUACGGGAAUGGCUGGCUCAACUUUCUACCCCGAGUGCCCGGUGGUCCCUACAAUAUACCAGCCCUAAGUACGUUCUCUGUUUCCGGUAAUGGCGGAGGAGCUGCUGCUGCUGCUCGACAGAUCGAGUGUUUACUCGGCACGGCCAACAACUAUCUACCCUGGCUAACGGAGGAAGGCCGGUUGACGGUUAGCCCGGGCCGUCACGCGCUCGAUCUGUCCCAUCUCCGACUCACCGAUGCGGGGCUGCAAGUACUCGUCGAAAGUCUCGGAUUGGCCGUACCACUUGAAGGCGUACAGCACUUGUCUUUGGCGCACAAUGCAUUACUCCACGUACCGACGACAACACUAAACAGCAUGCCCAAUCUACGGCUUCUAUCGCUUCGUGCAAACACCUUAACCGAACUGUCUGCAGAAUCUAUCACUUACACCAAACUACCACCAUUGGCGGGAUUGCGCGUGCUGGAUUUACAGAACUGUAGCCUGCGAGCGUUGACACAUGAUUUCUUCGAGGACACUCCCAAUCUACAGUACCUUUUUCUGGCCGGCAAUAGCUUCCGAAUGCUUCCGAUGGAGCUGUUUCUACCGCUCCGAGGGCUUCUUCAUCUCGAUCUCUCCAACAUGGACACGAGCCGGCAGGGUGAGGAGCGUAUCGAGAAUCCGUUUAUGAAACUGAUUGCGGGCCUCGAUCUACACCAUAGUGUGUUUACGCCGCUUUCGAAUCUAGUGUUCCUGGAUCUGUCCAAUACACGGCUCGAGUUUCAAGCAUUCAUCGCCCUUCGUUCGAUUCAGCGACGGGUACGGUACGUGAGUUACUGUAACAUCGGGCUGCCAGCGAUCGUCGAUUACCUUUUCGUUGCUCGCUCGAUCGAGAUGCUUGACAUUUCGUACAAUGUCGGUAUGGCGCAGAGCCUUCACAAGGGGAGCUUUACGUUGCUGCGAAACAGUCUGGAGGUGCUGUACUUUAAGGACUCGAUGGUACAGCAGCUAACCUGGUUAGCGCCGCUCGGUAAGCUAAGGGUGUUGAACCUUCGUGGUAACAUCAUACGAGAGUUGCGCCGUGAUAGCUUCACCAACUUGACCCGGCUGGAGCGGCUUGAUCUGAGCUACAACUACAUUUCGGCCUGGAACCAGCAGAUCCUUACGAACACGGGAGCACUGCGCAGCGUGAAUCUGCGCAACAAUAGCAUCGUUAUCCUGACGACGGACAUGCUGUACGAUUUCUCGCGCCUCCAGAACAUGGGACUCGGUGGGAAUACGAUCCAGUGUUCGUGCAACUAUUUGAAAUUCCUCCGCAACAUUAUGCACAACCAGAGCGACACACCACCGGGCGCGUAUGCCAUUUCGGCGGAGCCACUGUACGCCGAUAAGUAUCAGGGUGGCUCGGGACCGUUGGUUUCGUUGCAACACGUCCAGCUGUUCGAUUACGAUGAGUCGGAGUACUACUGCAUGAACUUUACCAGUAACCAGAAGCUCGAUCCGAUGGAGCUUUCCGAUUGCGUGCUGUCCGAUGAGGAGUUGAUCGAUAUCGAUCUACCGGAGACGACGACCGGUAACACGUCAGAGGGGGACACGCUCGUGUACAUCUUCGUCAGCAUAGCGGCCACAUUCGUGGUGGUGACGGCGAUCGGUCUGUUUUACUAUUGGUUCCACAUCAAAUACUUCUUUACGAUCCUCAAAAACUCGACCAUACUGAGCUUCUUCAACGAUAACGAGAAGCUGUAUCUCGAUAGGAAUGGGUUGCUGAAGGACUCGGACUACCAUUACGAUGUGUUUGUGAGCUACAGCAACGAUGAUCGCAAGUGGGUGCUUGAUCAUUUGUUGCCAAAUAUGGAGGGUGUGAGCCAGGUGAAUCUGUGUCUGCACGAGCGUGAUUUUGAGGUUGGCUAUGGUAUUCUCGAGAACAUUAUAUCGUGCAUGGAUCGAUCGCGCUGCCUGAUGCUGAUCGUUUCCGAGAGCUUCCUGCUUAGCCACUGGUGUCAGUUUGAAAUGCAUCUAGCGCAGCAUCGAUUGCUGGAAACGCGCCGCGAAGAGCUGAUACUGGUGCUGCUGCAGGACAUUCCACGGCGCAAGUGUCCGAAAACGUUGAGCUACUUGCUGAAAACCAAAACCUAUAUCAAGUGGCCAACAGGAUCGGUGCACGAGCAGGCCCUGUUCUGGAAGCGGCUCCAUAAGGCGCUCUCGACGUCCAAAUGUUGACGAUCGUGAUCGGUGGCGCGAGAAGCAGCAGCAGCGCGCUUGGUGUGGCUCGAUCGGCGAUCAGCGCGACCGUGCAUACCAGUUGGGCGAUUUUUUCCACCCCAUUCGGGCUGCUAUCUCUUACAAAUUCGAGCAGAUGGAUUUAGGAUUUAGGAUUCCGCGGGAAUCGUAUGUUAUUUUUCUUAUUAGGAACUGUGUAUUAUAUACCAUUAAUUAUUAAAUAUCUCCCAAAAAAGG